CCCCCUCCCGCGCACCUCCCGGAAGUGGCCGGCCCCAAGCGAGAGCAGGGUUCUGCGCGGUCCUUGGCUGUUCUGGGAGGUCGUCUCCGGGCGGCAGGGCCCGGCUGGGAGAGAGCGCCCCGCCGGGGGCUGCACACUGACGAGCGCGGCGCGGAGCGAGACCUGGUGACGAUGGCGGGGCCGCUGGCGCUGCAGCUGGAACAGUUGUUGAACCCGCGUCCGCGCGAGGCAGAUCCUGAGGCCGACCCAGAGGAGGCCACUGCUGCCAGAGUGAUUGACAGGUUUGAUGAAGGGGAAGAUGGGGAAGGUCAUUUCCUGGCGGUGGGUAGCAUUAGAAAACUGGCAUCAGCCUCCCUCUUGGACACAGACGGAAGGUAUUCUGGCAAGGCUACCUCUAGAAAAGCUUGGAAGGAGGACCAUUGGGAGCAGACUCUGCCAGGUUCAUCUGACAAGGAGAUAUCUGAUGAGGAAGAGUCUAGAGAUGGAGAUUCCAACGGGCUGGGUCUGGAGGGAUCCGAUGAGGAUGUCAUGAGUGCUGCUGAGCAAGAGGAGUGUGAUAAUGACAAGGACAGUAGUCCGGCCUGGAAGAAGAGCCGAAGCUGCCCUGGGAAAACACCAGGUUUUAGUGUCCAGAGCAUCAGUGACUUUGAAAAAUUCACCGAGGGAAUGGAUGACCUUGGUAGCAGUGAGGAGGAGGAAGGUGAAGAGGAGGAGGAGAGUGGCAUGGAAGAAGGGGAUGGGGAGGAAGACUCCGAGGGUGAGAGUGAGGAAGACAGGGCUGAAGACAGGAAUAGCGAAGAUGAUGGUGUAGUGAUGACCUUCUCCGGUGCCAGAGUUUCCGAGGAAGUGGAGAAAGGAAGAGCCGUGAAGAACCAGAUAGCACUGUGGGACCAGCUCUUGGAAGGAAGGAUCAAGCUACAAAAAGCUCUGUUGACCACCAAUCAGCUUCCUCAACCAGAUGUUUUCCCUAUUUUCAAGAACAAAGGUGGCCCAGAAUUUGCCAGCGCCCUAAAAAAUAGUCACAAGGCCCUUAAAGCAUUGUUGAGGUCAUUGGCAGAUCUUCAGGAAGAGUUACUUUUCCAGUACCCAGACACUAGAUAUUUAGUAGAUGGGACAGAGCCCAAAGCAGAAAGUGAGGAGGAGAUUUCCAGUGAAGAUGAAGAGCUAGUAGAAGAGACGAAACAGCAGAGAAGGGCCCCAGCAAAGAGGAAGCUGGAAAUGGAGGACUAUCCCAGCUUCAUGGCAAAGCGUUUUGCUGACUUUACAGUCUACAGGAACCGCACACUUCAGCAGUGGCAUGAUAAAACCAAGCUGGCUUCUGGAAAACUGGGGAAGGGUUUUGGUGCCUUUGAACGCUCAAUCUUGACUCAGAUCGAUCAUAUUCUGAUGGACAAAGAAAGAUUACUUCGAAGGACACAGACCAAGCGCUCUGUCUACCGAGUUCUUGGCAAACCUGAACCGGCAACGCACCCUCUCCCAGAGAGUUUGCCAGGACAACUGGAGAUCCUUCCUCAAGCCCCUGCCAAUGCCCACCUGAAGGACUUGGAUAGUGAAAUCUUUGAUGACGAUGACUUUUACCACCAGCUCCUUCGAGAACUCAUAGAACGGAAGACCAGCUCCUUGGAUCCCAAUGAUCAGGUGGCCAUGGGAAGGCAGUGGCUUGCGAUCCAGAAGUUACGAAGCAAAAUCCACAAGAAAGUAGAUAGGAAAGCCAGCAAAGGGAGGAAACUCCGGUUUCAUGUCCUCAGCAAGCUACUGAGCUUCAUGGCACCUAUUGACCAUACUACAAUGAAUGAUGAUGCCAGGACCGAGUUGUAUCGAUCUCUUUUUGGGCAGCUCCGCCCUCCUGACGAAGGCCAAAGGGACUGACCGCACCCGCGGCUCUUGCUGCAGGCCCGAGGCAGAGCCUCUGGACCCACGGACCCACCGUGCAUCGCCUCGGCCAGCCUCAAAUGCAGGAAGCCGCCGGCCCACGGCUUUGGGCUAGUUGGGGAGUCCUGGGAAGGUGUGGGGUUCAGAGCACGUGCCUAAUAAGUCCCGGGAAGCCUAGAAUCAAGUGUGCAUGUCCCCCAUGCUUCAGUCUGCUGGGGACCCGCGCUCCACACUCGUUCACCAUCACAAAUAAACCAUGUUCUUACGGCCA